AGCGUUGCCGCACGUUGUGGAAGAAUCACCCCGAAAAUAGCAACUGAGCAGUUCUGGCAGAGCACAGGUGUUAUAUUUUUUACGUACCACCAAAACGCUGGUUCACAAGCAUCAAUGCAAUUGAUAUUGUACUUGCGUAUUAUUUAUAAAGAUUACUAUUGUGAAUUGUCGCUACGGGCAAAGUGGUGAGGACGUCAAUUUCUUAGGCAAAUUCGUCGCAACAGCAUUAAGAAAAUGUUUCCCAGAGCCGCACUUCUUGCAGCACAACGCCCAUUGAGCGUGGUUGGCGCCCGUUCAGCAGCUGCCGCCGCUGCUGCACAGCCCGCUGGUGGUGCUGUUGAUCGCCGCCAGCGCCCCGAACAUCCUGGCAAGGUGCGUUUGGGUUUCAUUCCAGAGGAAUGGUUCCAGUUCUUCUACAACAAAACUGGUGUUACCGGACCCUACACAUUCGGCGUAGGUCUCAUCACCUAUCUGUGCUCCAAGGAAAUCUACGUCAUGGAGCAUGAAUACUACAGCGGUCUGUCGCUCGGCAUCAUGGCCAUUAUUGCUGUGAAGAAACUAGGCCCAGUCAUCGCCAAAUGGGCAGAUGGCGAAAUCGAUAAAAUCGAAUCCGAAUGGAAGGAAGGCCGCGAGUCUGAGCUGAAGGUGCUCGCCGAUGCCAUCGAGGCCGAAAAGAAGGAGCAAUGGCGCGCCGAUGGUGCUCUAUUGUUGAUGGAGGCCAAGAAGGAGAACAUCGCAUUGCAAUUGGAGGCUGCUUUCCGCGAGCGUGCCAUGAAUGUCUACUCAGAGGUGAAGCGUCGCUUGGACUACCAGGUCGAGUGCCGUCAUGUUGAGCGCCGCCUCAAUCAGAAGCACAUGGUCAACUGGAUUGUGUCCAGUGUGCUGUCCAGCAUCUCGCCCCAACAGGAGAAGGAGACCCUAAACAAGUGCAUUGCCGAUUUGAGUGCUUUGGCUCUGCGCGUCAAGUCCGCUUAAAUUACUCGAUUUCUAUUUGUUAAUUUGUAAAUUAAAUUAAAUGCGCAACGCAGGAAACAGAAAUCCGUAUAAUGAUUAGACGACCGAAUAUAAUUGUGUCCAAACAAAUAGCGCAAAAAUCUGUGUUUAACAAAUGAAAAUAUGAUAUGCUGCCACCUGUCAACAAAUUAA